CUUGGCUCUGUCAGUGCGCAAAUCCCAGCAGAGAGGGAGCGCUCCGGCAGAAGAGCCUGUUCGCGGAGAGAUAGAGGUUGUCUGUCUGCGCUGCGGUUCAACCCAUCACCGGCGGGGAGGCUGCACCUUCUGCCGCGGACGGACCUGAACCAGCCGGGCUCACCUCCGGAGCCCUCCUUAUGGACUCACCAUGCGCAGGAUACGGGCCAACGCCAUCGCGAUUCUGACCGUUGCGUGGAUCCUGGGGACGUUUUAUUACCUGUGGCAGGACAACAAGCCCCAGUCGUCGCCGUCGUCGUCGGCUUCGCAGACCCGCGGCAGGAGCCAUGGGCAGAAGGUGGUCCCCGGUCGGCUGGAGAUCCACCGGGACGACAGGACCAUCCCGCUGAUAGUGACUCAGCCCCCACGGACUGAGCAGCAGGGCCAGCUGCUGGGCGGCUUUGACGAGAAGGCCUACCUGGUGGGGAAACAGCUGAAGCCGGGGGACGACCCGUACAGAGAGCACGCCUUCAACCUGCAGGAGAGCGACCGGCUGGGCAGCGAGCGCGCCAUCAGAGACACCCGACACUACAGGUGUGCCUCUCUGAAUUACGACACUGACCUUCCCGCCACAAGUAUCAUCAUCACUUUCCACAAUGAGGCUCGCUCUACUCUCCUUCGCACCAUCAAAAGUGUCCUGAUGCGAAGUCCUCCAUCUCUGAUUCAAGAGAUAAUCCUGAUAGAUGACUUCAGCUCUGACCCUGAGGACUGCCAGCUGCUCUCUCAGAUCCCCAAAGUGCGCUGCCUGAGGAACGGCAGGAGAGAGGGUCUGAUUCGAUCACGUGUGCGAGGAGCCAACACAGCGUCGGCCUCCAUCUUGACCUUCUUGGACAGCCACUGCGAGGUCAACACUGACUGGCUGCAGCCCAUGAUCCAACGAGUCAAGGAGGAUCAUACACGAGUGGUCAGCCCCAUCAUUGACGUCAUCAGCCUGGAUAACUUUGCCUACUUGGCUGCUUCUGCUGACUUGAGAGGAGGAUUUGACUGGAGUCUCCAUUUCAAAUGGGAACAGAUUCCCAUCGAGCAGAAAAUGGCGAGAAGCGACCCCACACAGUCAAUCAGGACUCCCGUCAUCGCUGGUGGGAUCUUUGUCAUGGACAAGAGCUGGUUCAACCACCUGGGCCAGUACGACACCCACAUGGACAUCUGGGGAGGGGAGAACUUUGAACUUUCUUUCCGGGUGUGGAUGUGCGGAGGAAGUCUGGAGAUUCUCCCCUGCAGCCGCGUGGGUCACGUGUUCAGGAAACGACACCCGUACGACUUCCCAGAAGGCAACGCUCUCACCUACAUUAAGAACACCCGGCGGGCGGCUGAGGUGUGGAUGGACGAAUAUAAACAGUACUACUACUCUGCGAGGCCGUCAGCCCAGGGCAAGGCCUUUGGGAGCAUUGCAGACCGUUUGACACUGCGGCGGAAGUUGAACUGCAAACCUUUCCGCUGGUACAUGGAGAACGUCUAUCCUGAGCUGAGGGUCCCUGAGCAGGAAGCGGUGUCCAGUGUGUUGAAACAAGGUGGUCUGUGUCUGGAGACCCGUGGGGCCGACAUCCUGGGCCUGGCAGAGUGCAGGGGCAUCGGAGCCAACAGGCCACAAUCACAGAGAUGGGAGCUAAUAGAGCCACUGAUCCGACAGCAGGACCUCUGCUUGGCCAUUUCAGCCUUCACUGCGGGGUCAAAGGUCAAGAUGGAGCCCUGCAAUACAAAAGAGCCCAGACAGUGUUGAACUCAUGACAUGAAAGAUUUGGAGAUAAGAGGUGAUUCCAGGACAGAUGCUUAGCAGCCCGCCUGCUAAUGAUGCCAGAAGGCUGAGAUGAUCUGAGUGGCUCCCGCCAAAGGAAGAGAUGAUUUUAAAGACGCCGUAGAACAAGCGCUCCCAUAACUUCAGACCCCACCCCGUUGCUUCCACAUCCCAUCCCAGCAGUCACAUCCCAUGUGGACUCGUGUUGGCCGUAUGGCUGAUUUAUGACAUCGAAGAGGAGUUAUUAACUCAAACCAUGUGUAUGAGUGUGUGAGACUCCUGCCAGACCAUCCUCUCAUCUCUCUGCAGGCCCGUUGCAAUCCUUUGAGAGUUCGUUGGGAGCCUGCCAGUUAACAAGCAACCAGUUUUUGCUGUGGGAGAAAUUUGGCCUCUUUUGUCCUGAGUGUUUAAUCCCCUAGAAAGGAAAAAGUUACUUGUGUUUCUGACUUUGCUCUCUAAAUGAAAGAGCACUGAAGUGUUUAACCCUUAACCCAACAAGUGACUGUGGUGCCUUGUAAAAAAAAAUGUAAAUAGUGGCAUAUUUCAACAUUAAACCAAACCACAGUUUAUUCACAGAAGUUUGAUAUGAGGUUUUUAUUCAUUAUUGGAUACUUCAGUCAUGAUGUCCAUUAGCAGAAUAAUGGGAGGGUUCUCCCUGAUCACUGCUGCAUAACAACAGCCUCGAGCAAUUUUGCAUCAUUUUAUUUUCUUUGCAUAAAUUCCAUUACAUCUGGCACAAUCAUCUGCAUGGAUUUCAGGAUGAACUGAUUAGAAUUUGGUAGUGAAAGGUCAAAGAUCGCCAUCACUUUGACCACACAAAACAUGUUUUUGGCCGCAACUCAAGAAUUCCUACACUAAUUAUGACCAGCGUUCACAUAAAUGUCAAAUAGGAUAAAAUGAUGAAGCGAUGACAUUUUAUAUCUGAAAGGUCAAAAGUCAACCUCUCUGUAAUAUCAUAAUGUUCUGCACAAAAACACUUUUCUGGCCUUUAUUCAAUGGCAUAACUCAGGAACAGAAGGGAAGAUUGUGACCAUAUUUCCUGCAACUUGACUCGUUGGCACAGACAUACAACCGUGAGGCCGUAAUUCUAGUUUGUAAAUCAUUUCUUAGUUUAAUCCUGAAAGAAUUUCAUUAGUUUGGGUUUUACUGGUGAUAUUUUGUCCAAUCCUGGUCUAAAAGCUGUUUUAGAAGCUGUUUCCAACAAGAAUAAAUGAAAAGAAGUUCUUGGAAAUUCUUUGGCAUGAUUUAGUUGUAUGUCAAGACAGAAAACUGGCUCUAAAUGUUUACUAUCAGCAGCUUUAUUACGAAUGUAUUAGUGUCUAUAUCAGUCUUCAAAAACUCAUCCCUAUCAGUUACUAAACUGUUAAAAUUUC